CAUAAAUUUGGUAGAGAUUCACGGAUUUGAGAGCCAUGGGAGGAGCUGGUGACAAACGAACGGGAAGAGAAGGGAGAGGCCAAAGAUCUACAUGGGGAAAAAGAGGAAACCGAAGGAAGAGAGAAGUCGAAGGUCGCUUGGAAGGGGAAGAGAGAAAUCCAACGGCUUUGGGUAUGGCUGAAGCUCAAUCGUCGGUGACUUUGAGGGACGACUACCAGUUGGUUGGCAAAAGCUUUGAAAAUAGUGAAGAUGAAUUUGAGGUUUCUAGUGAUGAUUCAGGUGAGUACAAUGUUGCAGAUGAACAUGAACUUGAAGAAGAAGAAGAAGAAGAUGUAAGAAGUACUAGAAGUAGUGAUUUAUGGUUUAAUCCUUCAUGGACUACUGUUUGGUUUGAGGUAGGGAUGAGGUUUGAGCAUGUAGCACAGUUUAAGGAAGCUAUAGCUAAAUACCAAAUUCAAAAAGGCUGUAAGUUGAAACCUGUUAAAAGUGACCCCACCAGGCAGAGAAUUCACUGUGUUGGUCAACAGUGCAAUUGGAGUAUCUUUUCCAAUUUUGAUAAAAAUGACAAGACGUUUAAGGUGAAGACAUAUUGCAGGGAACACACUUGCUUUAGGAGUUUGAAGUCCAAUAUGGUUGGGUCGAGGGUACUUGCAGAACACCAUAGGAAGAGAAUUAUAGCAAAUCCGCAGAUUAGAAUCAGUGAGAUAGUGAGAUUGUCUCAUUUAGAAUUAGGGGUUCAUGUUUCAAGGGAUAAGUGUAAACUAGCAAAGGAAAGGAUUAUGAAGGAGGUGAAGGAAACUCACACGAAGGAAUUUGCUCAGUUAAGAGGGUAUGCAGAAGAGCUGUUGAGAUUGUCCCCUCAGUCAAAUGUUCAAAUUGAUAGUGAGCCACCCACAACUUUAGAGGGAAAACCUAUGUUUAAAGGAAUCUAUGUGUGUCUAGAAGGAUGUAGGAAGGGUUUUCUACUGGGCUGUAGACCAGUAAUUGGAGUAGAUGCCUGUUUCCUCAAGGGGAUGUUCAAAGGAACUAUUUUGGCAGUUGUUGCAAGGGAUGGGAACAAUCAAAUGUUCCCAAUAGCUUGGGCUGUUGUUGACUCAGAGUCUACCAGCUCAUGGACAUUUUUUUUUAGAUGUCUAGCUGAUGAUCUAUCAAAUCACACUGGGCGAGAUUUAACGUUUAUUUCGGACCAACAUCUUGGGUUGAUUAAUGCAAGACAAACAGUUUUCCCCGAGGCUAGGCAUAGAUUGUGUGCCAGGCAUUUAUAUGUCAAUUGGCAAAAAAUUUUCAGAGGGAAACUAUUGAAGAAAAGAUUCUGGAUUGCUGCAAGGUCAACAUAUGAAGGUCAAUUCAACAAAAACAUGGAGGAGAUCAUAAAUUUAUCUGUGGAAGGUCAUGAUGCGUUAAAAUCAAUCCCACCAGAGUUGUGGUGCAAGGUAUUCUUUGACACAUCAUGUAAAUGUGAUGUCGUGGAUAACAACAUGAAUGAGACCUUCAACAAUUGGAUAAUGGAUGCCAGUUGUAGAGCAUGGGAUUUAACAGGAAUUCCAUGUCCUCAUGCAUUGUCUGUGAUAGGUUUAGGUAACUUCGACCCAGAUGAAUUUGUAUCAAUUUGGUACAAAAGGGUUAAGUAUGAACGUGCAUACAAUGUACCAAUCAUGCCUUGUAACGGUGAGAAAUUCUGGGAAAAUUAUCAUGGGGAGCCACUAGAACCACUGCCAUUUAGAUGCAAGCAGGGUAGGCCGAAGGUAAACAGGAGGAAGGGUGAUAAUGAAACCAGAAAAGUGAAGGUGGGACAGCUAGAAAAGAUGACAAAGGAAGGUGGACAAAUCACGUGCUCACUUUGCAAGCAACCUGGACACAACAAGAGGGGAUGCCACAAAAGGCCAACUGAAAGUGAAGGAGCAUCAGCAAGCACUCACCAGCCAAUACCAAGAAAACCUCCAACUUGUGGAUAUUGUAAGCAGCCUGGUCACACUAGGACAACAUGCAUUGCUAGAUAUUUUGUUGAUGAAAAUUCUGGUCAAUCUGAUGGAGUAGGAAGAAAGAAGAAGCACAGAUUUGGUGAAUACAUUAAUUCACCAGAAUUGAACCCUGUGAGUUUAAGCUUAACAUUCAACUAAGAGUUUGAAUUGUGUUGAUCAUUUAUUUUCUAAUACUAGAAUUUAAUUUAU